AAUUGUCUCCAUUUUGAUGCAAACAUCAAAUUGAGCUUCGUGUACUUCUAUCUAUGUGUGUGUGAGUGUAUUUAUGAUAAUCAAAAAAAUGGAUAAUGAAACCUUUGAACCUUGUCAAUUAAUCGAAUGAUUGGCCAUCCACAAGCGAUCAAAACAUUUGAUUAUUCGAAACCUCUUUGCGAGAUUGCAACAAAAACAAAACAGAAAAAAAUACGUAGAAAUUAACCACCAAAGACGACGACAUUUUUUGCUUUAUUACGACGUCUUAACUUUUUUUUUACUCUUUUUCCCUCUCUCUCGUCGAAGUUAUUAUACACACACUGCACUACUUCUCGAAUUCAUCACCACCACGUUUGGUGUGAUUAUUGAAAACUGAUGAUUGAUUUGUGCAUUUAAAAUUGUGUUUCGAUUCUUUGAUAUGAAAUGUGAUUAAGGUUGUAAAGCAGACAUUGUUUGUUUAUAUAUGCGGUCUCCUGGUGGAUAUUUGAAAAUCGCCUCCAUUAGUGUGUAAUAAUUACCUAUAGAUAGAUUUGAAUGCAAUGCAUUUAAAUGACUGAGGUCAUCAUCAUGGUCCAUACCAGGAUCCUAAUGUAAAACGCUGCUGCGUGAUUUCAUCCAUUUCAAAGACGUUCUUUUAUAACAAUAAAAACAAAUUGAGAACAAACAAACAAUCGAGUUACAUGUGUUUUUGUGAUGAUAUUUCAUCGGAUUAGCAGUCAUGACAAUCCAUCAGUGAGAUAAUCCGCAUCUCUUUUAUAAAUGAAAAAUUUUAUUAAUAUUUCUGUCCAGUUCCCAAAACAAAACAAAAAACAACGUAGUUUUAUCAAAUUUCUUUAUCUCUUUUUUGUAGAGAGUAAUUCUACAUAUGUGAUAAUCAACAACUCAGUGUACAAAACAAAAAAAAAAUUCAAGUGGCAAUAAUCAUCAAAUGUGAAUGACAACAAUGAAUCAAUCAUCAAACCAUACCGCCAAUAAUGGCCAUCAUGAUAAUUUCAAUAAAAAUCUCAUUCUUUCCCGAAAGAUUCAUGGUUGGCAACCAUUGCAAUUCAAUGAUCCAGAUACCGGUGCAAACAGCUGUAAAUUAUUACGACUGAAAAUUCAUUGUGGCCACAAUCUGGCUAAAAAGGAUAUAUUCGGUGCAUCCGAUCCAUAUGUUCGUAUUGAUCUAUUGAGCAAAUCGGAUCGUUCAGUCAUCGAUUCAUUGUAUACGAAAACGAAAAAGAAAACACUGAAUCCAUGCUGGAACGAAGAAUUCAUUAUUCGUGUACUGCCAGCCAGUCACCAGAUAUUGAUGGAAGUUUUUGAUGAAAAUCGCCUUACACGUGAUGAUUUCCUUGGCAAAGUGGAUCUAGCAUUGAAUAAUAUUCCAACAGAAACAACCGAUAUGGUUAUCGAACCACAACGAUAUACACUGCAACAGCGAAGUCAAAAAUCCAAAGUUCGAGGCCAUCUUGAGAUAUAUCAUGCCUAUAUUGAUGCACCGGCAACAUCGACAACACAUUCCACUUCUACAUUGGAUGCUGGUGAAGAAUCGAUCGAUGAUAAUGACGAUCAAAACGAGUGGGAAAUUGUCAACGAACCAAGGACCAACAAUAUCAAUCAUGACCGGUCAGGAAGCCAAGAAGAUCUACCGAAUGGAUGGGAAGAACGACAAGAUUCAAAUGGACGUACUUAUUAUGUCAAUCAUAAUACUCGCACUACACAAUGGACACGACCAUCCACCAACAACACUAGGCCCUUAUCAGCAACAUCCUCAACAUCUGAUGCACAGACAUCAUCAUCAAACAUUGGUGGUGAUGCUAUUGAUCAACAAACAACAUCGCCAUCGACUGUCAACCAACAACAACAACAGGCAUUUUAUCGCCGUUUUCAUGUUGGUAGUAGUAUGGAUCAAUCAUUACCGUCACAAUCUCAAUCCUCAUCGAUAUCAUCAUUAUCAUCUGCAACAUAUGAUAAUAAUCUAAACGAACAAAAUUCUCAACAUCAUUCCAUCAAUCAGAAUCAGAGUUCAUUGAAUUCCGGUAAUGAUCGGCCUAAUUCUGCGCCAACAUCAGAUCACUCAUCUGCCAUAGAUCAUCAACAUCAUCAUCAUACGGAGCAGACAUUGAAUCAUGAUCAUGAUCUAUCAACCACAACACCCGAAUCGAGUGAUGUGACCACAAGACGUUCGAAUUCUAUAUCGACAGCAACAGCAGCAAAUAGUAACAACGAUAAUGAUGAUCUAGAGGAACAACAACAACAACAACAACAACAACAACAACUUGGACCAUUACCAACUGGUUGGACGCAACAAAUAUCCGACACUGGCCGUAUAUUUUUCAUUGAUCAUAAUAAUAAAUCAACAACAUGGAUUGAUCCACGAACCGGCAAACCAAGUUCGCCACCGCCACCAUCAUCAUCUUCAUCAUUAAUGUCCGCUCUUCAUCACCACCAUCAUCAUCAUACUACUCAUAACCAUAAUCAAUCGAAUAAUAAUUCAAAGCACCAUCAUCAUCAUCAUCACCACCACCAUCAUGGCAAACAUAUGCCAUUCGAUUUGAAACACCGGAUUAUCGAUGAUUUAGGCCCAUUACCACCAGGUUGGGAAGAACGUGUACAUCGUGAUGGACGAAUCUUUUUCAUCAAUCACAAUACGAAAACAACUCAAUGGGAAGAUCCACGUAUCGACAUGCCCAGUGUAUCAGGGCCACCGAUUGCUUAUUCACGUGAUUAUAAGAAAAAAUAUGAUCUUCUACAGAAUUCGCUGCCCAAACCGAAUGGCCCGAAUAAAUUUGAGAUAAAAGUACGACGCAAUUCCAUAUUGGAAGAUUCAUUUCGUGUCAUCAGUAAUGUAUCAAGAGUGGACUAUCUUAAGGCCAAAUUAUGGAUCGAAUUCGAUAAUGAAGAUGUACUCGAUUAUGGUGGUCCUAGUCGAGAAUGGUUCUACCUUUUGUCCAAAGAAAUGUUCAAUCCAUACUAUGGCCUUUUUGAAUAUAGCUCGACCGAUAAAUAUACGUUGCAGAUACGACCAUUCUCCGGUCGAUGUAAUGAGCUACAUUUGGCUUAUUUCAAAUUCAUUGGUCGUGUUGCUGGUAUGGCCAUUUAUCAUGGCAAAUUGUUGGACGCCUUUUUCAUACGGCCAUUCUAUAAGAUGAUGUUGGAGAAAGAAAUCACAUUGAAAGAUAUGGAAAGUGUUGAUACAGAAUAUUACAACUCACUGAAAUAUAUUCUCGAAAAUGACCCCAGUGAAUUGUAUCUCAAUUUCUCGAUUGAUGAGAAAUUCUUCGAUGUUGUUGAAGAGAAAGAAUUGAAACCGAACGGUGCACAAAUACCGGUGACAAAUGAGAAUAAACAAGAAUACAUCAAUUUAGUGAUUGAUUGGCGUUUUGUUUCCCGUGUUAAACCACAAAUGGAUUCAUUUCUCGAAGGUUUCAAUGAAUUGAUACCCAAACAUCUGAUCAAAAUGUUUGAUGAAAAUGAACUAGAACUAUUAAUGUGCGGCAUUGGCAAUGUUGACGUGAAAGAUUGGAAACAGAAUACCGUUUAUAAAGGUGGUUAUCAUCUCAAUCACAUCGUUAUACAAUGGUUUUGGAGGCUCGUUUUAUCAUUCAACAAUGAACAACGAUCACGAUUGUUACAAUUCGUAACCGGUACAUCACGUGUACCGAUGAAUGGUUUCAAAGAACUAUACGGCAGUAAUGGUCCACAACUAUUCACGAUUGAAAAAUGGGGCAACCCACAAAAUCUACCUCGGUCUCAUACAUGUUUCAACAGACUGGACUUACCAUGUUACGAAUCAUACAUUGAUCUGCGUGAUAAACUAAUCAAAGCUAUUGAGGGUUCCGAAACGUAUGGUGGUGUUGAUUGAGUGAAUUUCCCUCAAUAUUUCCUAUCAAUUUAUAUAAUCGUAUCUGUUUCUCUGUUUGUUUGUUUGUUUGUUUGUCUUUGGUUUCUUGAUCAAUUAUUCUUGUGCAAUUUUUUUCCGAUG